AUGUCAAAAAAUUGGAGCAUUGACUUUGCAAGUUUGGAUCCCUCAAGAAAUCGGGGGCAACUCACAUUAGCCGAUCCGCCUGGCUAUGCAGCUUCUUCAAAUUCUCCCUCUACACGGAACAAGCAAGAUCAAGAAACGCUAAAAAUCAAGAAAGCAUGGGAUGCAGCAUUAUCACCCGGUAAGAACAUUCCAAUGAACGCGUUCAUGCUAUGGAUGAGCGGGAACGGGGUGCAAAUAUUUAGUGUCAUGAUCACUGGGAUGUUGUUCUUUCAACCGAUUAAAGCUUUGUUGACGAUAGACAGCGCAUUUGAACGUUACGAAUCGCCAAAAAAUAAAUCACGACUUUUAUUGCCAAAAAUCACAUUUGUCCUACUACAGCUUUUAACGAUGGCACUUGGUUUAUAUAAAUGCUCCGCUAUGGGAUUACUGCCGACUGCUACAUCUGAUUGGUUGGCGUUCAUGGAACCGAAACAGAAUAUUCGGCAAUAUGAAUAG